CCAUCUCGGUGGGCCACGAUCGGCGCGGGGGUGGAACGCACGCACUGCUCCUCUCCAAUCUGGAACAUCGCGGCCCCACAACGGGGUGACAUACCAAUCGCGACUGGAUGAGUUGGUAGCCUUGCUGAUUAUAAUAUCUGGCAGAGACGGUAUUUCUCCAUUGAGGUUCCUUGCCUUCGGCACUCAUGUUAAUCCCUUCGAUUUGGCGUGGUUUGUAUCAGUGUCCAAUCCUAAACAACUCCACAUCCAAAGGUCGCUUGAAAUGUUUAGUUUAUGAACAUGAAGGCAAAGUGAACUUUAAACUAGCUUUAGGGUUUUGUAAUCGUUAUUUUUGGGGUUUUUGAGUUUCGGAGAUAAACACGUGUGGGUGGCCAUUCAUUUGGUUUCGAGUAUAAAUCUCUCCUUUCCGACAAGCUUCAGAACAGUUCGGACUCUGACGUGACUGUAGACCCCGUGGGGCUUCUUUGUGAAUCGGAAAGUGGAUACGAGGCUGGUGGAAUGGGAGUUGCUGCGAAAGAACGCGAUUCUGGGGACGCAGAAUGGCUCUUCCAUUGAUGGAGAUAGUCGUAGGGAAGAGAUUUUAGAAUAGAGUAUUCAGCAAGGGAGGCCCCUCAAAUGGAUAUAAAACUGGGGUGGGAGAUUGCGGAAGAUAUUUUCGUUCACGUCAUUCCCAACUUUGUACAAUUCUCUGGCCCUUACUAAUGACUUGUGACAUGAUUUUCCUGUAAUCCAAAGUAGAGCAUGCUUGGUCGAGUCUCGCGGUAUAAAUUCAGCUGUAGAGAAUUGGACUUCCUUGCUGUGCGAAUUAGUUGGUCAAGAUUUCGUAGUCCUACACGACGAGCUCUCACCACAUGGUCCUGGAUGCUGGGCACUACAUUUACCCUGUGUAGAAACGCACAAAAUUUUUAGAGAAUGCACCAGCGUACGAUGCAAGCAAUGAAGAUGGAAAGGAUGUCGAGGUGGAUGUUAGGCGCGCGUGGACCCAGUCUGGAGACGCUGGCUUUGUUGGAAAGUACAGACACGGGAUGUGGGGGGUGAAAUGGUGCACCUAACACCAGACUUGUCAUUGACAUUUCGUUUCUAUUUUAAAACCUACUGCGAAUUUUAGCCCGCAGAUUCCCGAAUCCCUACAUUCUGUGCCACUUCCAAUUUGAAAUCGGCUAUAGCUUGGGCUUUCGGAGCUUCUUGCCCACUCUUCAGAGCGAGACAAAGUCAAGGGAUAUAAUUCUGGGUUGAGUGACCGAGUCCCAUUAGGGUGACAAUGGAACGAGGCGAAAGCACGGCACGCUUUAUUACGGUGUCCAGCAACUUAAACGCCAAGUUGAUCUCUUCUAAUUCCACCGCCAUUGUGCUUGUGGUUGAUUUCAACGCCCCAAUACUGUCGAGGAAGAUUGCUUCAGAAGCUUCUGUGGAAACAAUAGCUCACUGGCCGCUAAAUAUACAGUUCGCGGCGGGCAGACCGUGACAAGUUCUGGAGUGGAAGCUGCUUGGUCGUUUUCUUCUGAGUUCCUUCUCGCAUUUUCGCAGUUAUCUUGUGUGGAAGGUUCUUGCCGACCGCUCCGUCAUCUCUGAGAACUGCUAGGGGCAAACAUCUCUCUGUCUUCUUCGUGACCGCCUCGAACACCCUUUUGGAACGGUUAGCUUACAAGUUUGCUGCAAAGACAAUCUGGAACUUGAAUCCUGGAUGGGAAUUGCAGGUAGGCGUUUGCUCGCGGUGGCAGUGAACAUUGCGCUCAAUGAUUAGCUGCACGCAUAUUUCUGAAAUAGAACAUAUCUUCUCCUCUAUCUGCUGGAACAAUCCGGAUUGGUUACAAGGGACAACAUGUGCACUAGCAGAACAACGCGCGAAAUAUCUGUAACUCGUGCACCGAUGUGUCCCACUUCGCUUCUCCCCAGCCACUCGCAAUUUAAGUCCCAGGGCUGUGUCUGCGAUCCCAGGUGGUGUUGCUCCUGUAACUUGUUUCACAUGUAACCGGACGUUGGCCAAAGAAAUUAUUGCACACUUAAAAGAUUUAGAAUCGUCUUUAUAUCACGCAAUGUCUCUGCUGUAAAUUCAAUAAACACCGAUUACGGUGAUCACGCAGGCAGGCCUCUUUCGUCUGUCCGCAGGCUGUACAGGCGUGGUUCGACGCGGAGUGUGUUGGCAAUGACGCGUGCCACCGCCUUGAACGCUGCAAUCUAUUUUUUACAUACACGCCUUCACAAUUUAGAAACUAAACUUCAGUUUCAUUCGUAGAUGUACAAGGUGAUGAACUCUAGCAUCUCAUUCGUGUGUGGCGGAGAUUGUGUCUAAUUGUAGGUUCCGAAUCCAGACAUUCAGAAUGUUCCAUUGAAAUUGUGUACGUCCGAAUCGCGUGAUCACGCCUUGUAAGAGUAUAAAUAAGAGUGCAAUACUUGUCUGCACCGUUUACAAGUUAAGUGCAGGCGUAGACUAAGAGUUUAACCACAAGAGUUUAGCUAGACCAUUGCUGAGAGAGGCUUGAGAACACGAAUUGACACUCAAAUCAGCAAGGUUCGUGUAUUUAAGUGAGAUUUAUCUUUACGACGAAGCAAACCGACUUGAACGAUGUAUCACGAUGUGCUUUUUUUCUGCGUCGGAUGCAAUGCACGUUCGAAUAGAAGAAACGUUUGUGCAGACUGACUCCGUGAUAACCGUGUUCUGGAUCUGGGUGUUGAUCGAUCUUAGGAAAGGGCGCUUCACGCACUGGAGCGAGAACCUAUCUUGUGAUCGAAACCUCCUGUGCGGCCUGCUUGUAUGCAACUUGUAUGCAAGUCUGAUUUCUGUACCACAAGCAGACACCAAUUCAAACUUGAAGCGGUAGGCAGGUGCAGUCACAAGACAUAGGUACAGAAGUUGCUUGAUGAGCACGUGAUUCUGUGGAUUACGAAAAAUCGGUGCAGUGUCUUGCGUAGCACGCUUUGUGGCCGUUGCCAUAAGCAUCUGGUAAAAUCAUGUCGGUUCUUCAACCGCGUGCAAGCUGUUUGGCGGUUCGUGCUACAUGCAAGAGCACCACGAUCUCUCUAAUGUAAACGUAGAUGUUUGGAAUCCAUAUCAGGCUCACGCUGUGCGUAUGCGGACUGUUAGAGCAGAUUCAAGGUUAGAAGAAGUAGAACUUUUCCUAAACAGCGACAUCUGUGCUUAGUAAACAAGAUUACGGGGUCAAUCCUCCGAAGUUCCACAACGUCUCCGUUGUGGAAUAGGUUCAGAUUGUUGCACAUGUACUCAUCAUGGUUCUGGGUCCGGAUUCGAGUCAUGGUAGAAACGAGAUCGGAAGGAGGGUGAGCAGUAGAACAAGGCACCCCUAUUCUGCACAGACUCUGAGGAUCAGCGCUGAUAAUUCCCUGGAUGAAUUCAAGCGCGACAGGGCCAACGUUCGGCCAUAUGUACGCACAAGCACGCAAAAGUUGAAGUGGACACCAGAACUUCACCAGUGUUUUAUGCAAGCAAUUGAUCGGCUCGGCGGUCAGGACAAAGCCACACCGAAAAGAAUAGUUCAACACAUGAAUAAGAGCGGUAUUACGAUCGCACACGUCAAAAGUCAUCUUCAGAUGUACCGUAGCGGAAAGAUCAACGCAGAUGGUAUUUCGAAAUCUGCUUACAAGAUAUUUCAAGAUGGGCGAUGGCAGAGUAACAAUCCCGGGCAGGAGGGACCUUCAGAAAUCGGCAGGGAUGCCGAACAAACCACAUCGAGAGUUGAGGAUGUGUCUGGAAAUCUGGAAUUCGAGCCAGCAGCUAUGGCGCUGAUUCAAUUGAGGGAUGGGCAAAGUUCUGAUCCUGGAGCUUUCGGCUUAGAUGAGCUGAGAGGCUACCCCGACGGUCAGUCUUUGCAUCAAUACGGGCCGAAUACAUUGAUAGGGCAAACGCGGCAAAAUUUAGAGACUCGCGAAUUUGUCCCCGUCGUGGGGCCAAAUGAUGAACACUUGAACAUCAGCGUCAACUCACCGCAAGAGCUUCGUUACGAGCACGAGCACGAGCACGACCCCAGCCAAACGUCUACUUAUCGACCUGAUUCCUGGCCCUCACCACUCUCCCUCGAAACUUUUCCCAGCGAGACUACCACAGAUAACUCUUUAAACGCGACUUGUUCCCCUAGCGGCAGAAAUAGAAAGGCUGAGGAAGCCAUCGUGCUGGAGCUCACAAUGGCGACCAGACCCCACCGUCCAAGGCCUCAAUUCUCUGGUUCUCCUGCAGAGGCAACUUCGUUGAACAUUUCGUUGGUUUAAAGCGUUUCAUAGUACAGGUGAAAAAUUGUAAAUCAAGAUAUCUUCAUUUGGGCUUUGGGGGAGAUGAUUUGACAAGUUGAACUCACCACCUUCGAGGGUUUACAGGAGAGGCCAAGUCUGGGGUUCUCGUGGAACUAAUUUUUUUGUGAAACCCAAGUGUAAAACAUUCUGUACAGUGCAUGCAAUAUAGUAGUCACACUGACUAGUACUGUGUACAGUAUUGUACACAAUACUAGUCAGUUAAAAAAACAAAACAGAAUCUAAGAUAUACGGGUGUAGUUGCUGUGGAUAUAUCAGAGAAACGUUUCAUUCAAUGUAAACAAUUUCAUAAUGGAAACAAAUGGGUAGAAGGAAGGGCUUAGGUUCGUCGCUGGAUAGCACUGGCAAUUCGGUGACUACCUACCACUAUCACGGGGAAUCAGUAGACUAUUUCUAUCACAAACAAAGAUAUCCACAUUGAAACUGCUCUGCUGCAGUAAGUUGCUUGAAGUUGACCACCUUCAACCUACACAACAACAGUAGGGUUGAUGAGGUGUGCCUCGGCUUUUCCAUUGUUUCAUUAAUCUAUUGUAUUGCAGUGUUAAUUGA